GACUGCUGUGCUGAAUCUGAUGGAUUGAUGACCAUCCACAUCGAUUCCAUCGUUCUUCUGCUCUUCUUGACCCCGUACCUUCCCCUCGGUCACGAAAAACAAAAAACAACCACAUUAUCCUCACCUGACCAUAAUUUUCAAAAACCAACGCUUAACUCCAAUUGCCAUCUCGGUUGAUUCGAUUUUUCAACAGUUGAUAAUAAUGGAGGCAGACCCUUAUGUUCAGAAAGCAUCUGAAGAUGCCCCUACUCAACAGAAGGCCGAAGAAGUCGAUAAGAUUGUCGAACACGUUAAGACUGCCAUGCUCACUACUCGACACAAUGGCGGUGCUUUGAACUCGCGCGCUAUGGUACCCGCAUCCAAAAAAGGCUUGGUAUUCGAAUUUGUGGCCAAUAACCAUUCGGAAAAAUUCGAAGACCUUCAACACGACCCCUCCUGUAACGUAUCUUUUUACGAUCCCGCCAACACUGAUUGGGUAUCAGUUUCAGGCCAAGCGAAAAUUAUCGAAGAUCAUGAGGAAAUAAAGAAGAUUUGGAGUUCCUCUCUUAGCGCCUGGUUCGGGAAUUUGGGUGACGGCAAACACACCGGUAAUUAUGAUGAUCCGAGAGUCGCGGCCAUCCAAGUUAAGCCGACUGAAAUACGCUAUUGGAACGCGAAGAGCAAGGUAUCACAAACGAUGGAUAUCGCUAAAGCCAAGAUAACCGGUAACGCUGCUGCACCUGGCGUGCUGAGAAUCAUCAACACCAAUGAAUUGAGCCAACUUCGUGACAUUAACGGUAAAAAUGUUUGAAUUUUGAAAAGAUGAAAAAAAAACUUUAUGGUUAUUUAUGUGUCCCAUCAAAGCAGUCAACAAAACCAAAUGUAGUCAUUGCUUAGAUAAAUAAAGCCGUCCAGCCUCCAAGUGUGUGUCGUGUUACACUGUUUUAGCCAUGUUUUUUUUUUCUUCACAUCAAUGUAUCUGAAAUGAAAUUGUCA